AAAGUAUAACAGUGGACUAUAAAAGUCUUCUACAGUUGUUCACUGCAGCUUAACCGAAUCAACACAGCACAAACUACAGCUAAGACAAUCUUCAAGUCUUCAGAAUAAACACAGGUGAUAAACAACAUAAAAAUGGGGUCAUCAGCAUCAACGCCUGCACCACAGCCUUCCCCACCACCUGCACGAAAGCCUUCCCCACCACCUGCACCAAAGCUAGAGUUUGAUAAACCAUGGAGGAACUUUAAAUGGGACCAGAAAGAUGCCCUGAAAAAGUGUCUAGAAGAAUUCACUCCCAGUAAUCCAGAUGUGAAACACAUCCAAAUCUUGGUUGUCGGACAAAUUGGAGCAGGAAAGUCCAGCUUUAUAAACUCCGUCAAUAAUGCCUUUGAAGGACGGAUCACAACAAGGGCACUAGUUAAUACAGCUGGUGCCGAUAGUACAAGUUUCACAAAAGAACUCCAAGGAUACUGCAUCACAAGUGGAAAUAAGACUUUGCCCUAUAUCUUCAGAGACAUAAUGGGCUUAGAAUCUGAAAUUUUGGCUGGGGCAGAUCCAGAUGACAUUGUUAAAGCUGUGUUUGGUCACUUGAAGGAUGGCUAUAAAUUUGGCAAUUAUGACUCGCUGCCUGAAGAGGAUCAGAAAUAUAACAGUAACCCCAACCUCUCCGAGCAGUCUUUCUGUCUGGUGUACAUCGUAGCUGCUGAUACAGUAUCAAUGACAGAUAACAAACUUAUUGACAAGUUGAAGAUCAUCCGCCACAAAAUCAGUGUUAAGGGGAUUCCUCAAGUAAUUGUCAUGACCAAAGUAGAUGAAGCAUGUCCCCUGGUGAAGAAUGAUCUAAGGAAGAUCUACACUAGCAAAAAAAUUGAAGAGAAGAUGCAGCUUUGCUCUCAAAAGAUUGGUGUACCAAUGUGCCACAUUUUCCCAGUGAAGAACUGCCAUAAAGAGAUUGACACUGAUAAUGAUACUGAUGUUCUGAUUCUGAAAGCACUGGAGCAGAUUGUUCAGGUGGCCAACGACCAUUUGCUUAAUAGGUGUGGCCACUGACAUUAAGAUUUACACUUGCAAGAAAAUCUAGGAGAAGAUGCACAUGUGCUGUGCCAAGAUUGAUGUACCAGAUGUGCAACAUCUUUCCAGUGAAGAACUACCAUGAUGAGAUUGUUAAUGAUUGCUUAGCUAUACUGACAAAAACACAAUAUUAAUGCAUAAAUAACUAACAACUUAAAAAAAAAAUGUUUCAUAUAAUGCGUUUGAAUGUUUGCCUGUGGGAAAAAUGUUAUGCCAAAUUCUGAAAGAUUUAAACCUUCAUUUAAAUAGUAUAAGAUCUAUUAAAAUGUCCAAACACACAACAGUUGUUAAAUUAUUUUAUUUUAUUAAAGGGGGCACACUUCACAAAACAUUUUAAGAUGUAAAAUAAGUCUUUGGUGUCCCCAGAAUGCUUAUGUAAAGUUUUAGCUCAAAAUAUCCCACAGAUGUUAAAACUGCCAUUUGAUUUUUAUAUUGUAUGCAUUUCUUAAAUGCUAGAGGCUGUUGUGUUAUAAUAUAUAUGAUUGCGUUUUGAUAUUAUCAAUGUUCUGUUUUUAUUUUAUUUUAUUAAGUUUUUGGAUUGUUGUUUCGCUUGUGAAGCACUUGGUGUUUAAAGGAGCUAU